AUGGACGAAGCUCGCACGAUCCUCAGCUCAGCGGCGUACGGCAGCUACGGUAUCUUGCCAAUCCGCGCCACACGUACCAUUGAGCCACACGCACCUUCACAGCCCCCUCCUUGGCCCCAAGGCAACGCCCUGGGCGACCGGCUUUGUCCGACAUGUGCGCAAAUAGACAUGGAACACCUGCGCCAGCUCGAUUCCAGAAGCAACCACGGCGGGACACUUUUAACCCACGGACUUGGUGGCAUUUCCAAGAACUAUCAGACAUGCGACCUGUGUCGUGUCAUGGACCAGGCCAUAAAAGACUUCAGAGAGUCCGGUCUUCGACCUCUGCUGGACUUUCCACCCAAACGUCUCAUGGGGCUUUACUCGAGCUUUCCACACAACAGCAGAGUUCUUCUUCGGCUGCGUGGCGUUAACGGAGACGGCUUUACUUGGUUUGGAGAUGAAGCCUGGCGCCGGGCAUCUACUUGUAACUCGAGGAACCCAGGCUUCGCCAUCGAAAUCCUAGUAGAGCUUCCGUCUGACCCCAGCCGGCCAGAAUUUCUCCUGGCUGGCAUUAUGAGUCUGUAUCUCCGAAACCCCGAUCCAGAAGACGAGAUAUCUCAUGUUGUCCCAAACCGCGCUCCGGCCGCCCCAGACUCCGAAGAGACCAUGCGCGCAAUAAGAUCCUGGUUGGAUGUAUGCACAUCAAACCAUGAAGCAUGCAAGAAAAAGAACUAUCAGGCGCCGAUACGGCUGAUAGAGAUCUCCCCAGAUGGGAGCAACGUUCGUUUAGUGGAGUCGCGGAGUCUCCAAGAACCUUUUUGCGCAUUGAGCUACUGUUGGGGAGACACCAAAUUUCUGAGCACAACAAGUUCCAACUAUCAGUCUCUCCUCCAGCGAAUCCCAGUGGACAAACUAUGUCUUUCUAUCCAGCAAGCCAUCGAUGUUACGCGCCGCGUUGGUCAGAAAUACCUAUGGGUUGAUGCCUUGUGCAUAGUCCAGGACGACAAGAAUGAUUGGAAACGACAUAUUCUCAUUAUGGGCUCGAUAUAUGCCAGCGCAACCUUGACAAUCGCCGCGGCCUCGGCAUCCAGCGGUGAGGAGGGGUGCUACGCCCAAAGGCCCAAAAUUGUUGCGAACAAGGUUGUUUCGUCUCCGUUCGAGGCCCGCGUCCCCUGCGUAUUCUCUGGCCGAUACCUAGGAGACAUGUUUGCCAUUCCUUUUCACAGGCGUCAUGGCGGCAUGCACACAGGAGUCGACACACGCAAGUCAAAUCUUUAUGCCGAUCUUCAAAACAGUCGAUGGGAAAGCCGAGCCUGGGUGUUCCAAGAACGCUUCUUCUCUCGCAGGAUUGUGUACUUUGCCAACAGUCAGGUCUACUGGCAGUGCCAAACGUUCAUGGCAGGCCAGAACUUCCCCUGGCUCGAGUCUAUGAUGGGGAGAGGCAUUAAAGACCGAGACAACCGCUGGAAAGGGCUUAAACAUCUUAAGCGCACCUGGCGUGUUUUCCUGGAAUCCUACACCCGUUCGGGCAUCAGCUAUCCGUCAGAUCGGCUUCCGGCCCUCACCUCCAUCGCUCGAGAGGCUGAGCAGGUUUACGGGCACGGUUACGUGGCAGGGCUCUUUGUGGAUACGUUCCCGCAAUCCCUGCUGUGGAUAGCAAACAAUCUCGAACAAAGGCUUCAGGCUCCGAAAGGCGUUAGUUCCCUGGAACGCGCCUCAAGCUGGAGCUGGGCCCAUUGGGAAGGGCCUAUCAAGCCUGAUGCCAUCCCCCACCGUCCGACCUCCAGUCACUUGGGGACAAAGGACAUCCGAAUUCUCAAAUUCGGGCAUGACGACAGCCACCACCGAUCUGCCUUGAUCUUCUCUUCAUCCAUGACCAAGGCUACCCGCUCCCAGUUUGCUUCAGCACUUUCCGAGUUCCAAAUGCUCAAUCACAAAGGCGGUUACAGAUACGGCUUUUCCGUGGAGAAAUCCGAGUGCCACUCUAUCCUCGGCUCACGUGGCUUUAUAAUUUUCGAUGACCCGGACUCAGCCCCCAUGGCAUGCGAGCUGCUCCACAUUGGGCACGUCCCGCUGAACAGCCCCUCGACACUUCGUGGGCGCACGAAAGGCAAGGUAGGCAUAUCGCUGGCUGUAGAGCUAGUAGAGAGACCACCCGAGCUUCAGGGUCAAUGCCUCGAGCUUCCCUGCUACAGACGCCUCGGUGUUGCGUACCAAAUCACGGGCCACGACGAGAGCACCGCAGUGGCAACGCCUACGCCACACCAAGAGAUUAUCCUCGUUUGA